CUUCUUUCACUUUCAUUCCACACUCCACCACCGCUUCGCCGAAUGAAUUGAAUAAAUCCCCCCUCUCACCGCUUUCCAAUCUGUAUUCCCAUGGCUUCUUCGCUCUCUCCCACUCUCCACACUCUCUCAGUUCUCUCUCCCCUUCGCUCCUCGCUCUCUCCGCACCCUAAUAAGGCGUUGAGUUUCCGAGGGGGAAGGAGGAGGAGCGCUGUGCCCCCUCUUCGCGUGGCGGCGCCGCCCACCACGCCGCCUCAGGCGUCCGAGGAAAGUGAGGAGGACCCAAUUUUGGGAUCGGAUGAAAGGGAUGAAGUUGUGAGCCAGAUGGACGAAGAUGAUUCGUCUUCUAAGUUCAAUUGGCGGGACCAUUGGUACCCGGUUUCCCUAGUGGAAGAUCUCGACCCGGCUCUGCCCACCCCUUUUCAGCUCCUUAACCGCGAGAUCGUUCUCUGGUUCGAUAAAUCCAGCUCCCAGUGGGUCGCCAUGGACGACAAAUGCCCCCACCGCCUCGCUCCUUUAUCUGAAGGGAGAUUAGACGAGAACGGGCAUUUGCAGUGCUCGUACCACGGGUGGUCGUUUGAUGGGUGUGGGUCUUGUACGAGGAUCCCGCAGGCUGCCUCUGAGGGACCGGAGGCGCGUGCGGUUAAGUCGCCGAGGGCAUGCGCUACCAAGCUUCCGGCUAUGGUGUCUCAGGGACUUCUGUUUGUUUGGCCUGACGAGAAUGGGUGGGAGCGAGCUGCUGCCACUAAGCCCCCCAUGUUGCCUGAAGAUUUUGAUAAGCCUGAGUUUGCAACAGUGACGAUCCAGCGUGAUCUGUAUUAUGGGUAUGAUACUUUGAUGGAGAAUGUGUCAGACCCUUCUCACAUUGAUUUUGCACAUCACAAGGUUACUGGUAGGAGAGAUAGAGCCAAGCCGUUGCCAUUCAAAAUGGAAUCUUCAGGACCUUGGGGUUAUGCUGGUGCAAAUAGUGAUAACCCUAAAAUUAGUGCCAAGUUUAUUGCUCCUUGCUAUGCGAUUAAUAAAAUAGAGAUUGACACAAAGCUUCCAGUUUUUGGAGAUAAAAAAUGGGUAGUUUGGAUUUGCUCUUUCAAUGUACCCAUGGCACCGGGGAAGACCCGCUCAAUUGUCUGUAGUGCUCGAAACUUCUUCCAGUUCACGAUGCCAGGGCCUGCCUGGUGGCAGGUAUUUCCGAGAUGGCAAGAGCAUUGGACUUCAAAUAAGGUGUACGAUGGAGAUAUGAUUGUGCUUCAAGGUCAAGAAAAGAUCUUCCUUUCAAAGUCGAGGGAGUCCUCUGCAGAUAUUAAUAAAGAAUAUACAAAACUCACGUUCACGCCUACACAAGCUGACCGCUUUGUCUUGGCGUUUCGGAAUUGGCUUAGGCGGCAUGGAAAUGGUCAGCCAGAGUGGUUCGGUAGCGUUGAGCAACUACUGUUGCCAUCUACCGUCUUGUCCAAACGUCAGAUGCUGGACAGAUAUGAGCAGCACACACUGAAAUGCUCGUCUUGUAAAAGCGCGUACAAAACAUUUGAGACGUUGCAAAAGUUUUUGAUUGGUGUGGUCGUUUGCUGUUCUGCAACAGCCGGAAUCCCUUCUGACAUCAGAUACCGAAUUAUUUUGGGCGCCCUGGCGAUUGUAAGUGCUGGCUUGGCUUACACCUUAUUUGAACUCCAGAAAAAUUUUGUUUUCGUUGAUUAUGUACAUGCUGAAAUCGAAGAUUAACUAGCCAUAGAAACUCGACUGGAAUAGGAUUUAGAACUGUAGUAGCAUAUAUAAGUUGAGUAGCUUCCACGUGUAAAACACGCGUAUAUAGUAUGUAUAUGUUACAAAUUUAGAUUUUACACAAAUGUUUACUCACACAUAUAUAUACAUGAUCUUUAAAUUAGUGUUACAAAA